AUGGUUGGCGUCGUCAUGGGGAUCUUCUUGCUGGUGUUCCUGGUAGUAGAUGCCACUUGCUGCUACAGAAAUUGCUGUGGCCUCCUCAUGUCCAUUGCUGUGAAACUUUUUGGACAGAAAGUCCCAGGCCUGAAAAUGCUUGAAGAAGGAGAUGGGACCAACAAUGGAAGAGUGAAGCUGAAGAGUAUAACCAUUCCAAGAGAAGGACAAACAAAUACAAAAGAAAAACACAACUCCUCCCCUCCUGUAGAUGCAAAAAUGGGCAUUAUAACCAGUAAGCAAUAUGUGCUGGUGGGGGAAGAUAUCUUCUUGUUGUGUAAAGCCGGAGGAGAGGGAGAAAUAACAUGGCAGAAGAAUGGGGAAGACAUUGACGAUGAAGACAAGGUGACCUCUAAAUUGCUCAUUAAAAAUGAUACACUGCAGGAUGUGGGCAGGUAUACCUGUCUGUGUGAAUUUGAAAAUGGACACAGUGAUGAUGUUCAAAUACAGCUGUAUAUUUUUGAGGGCCCGUCUUUUGGAAGAACCAUAACCUACCAUGAGUUUCCAGAGGGUUCGGAUGGGGUAGCGCCAUGCCUGGUCCACGGCCAGCCUGUGGUGGAUGUUCGCUGGUUCAAAGACAAGCAAGAAAUCCUUUCUAAUGGUAGGGCCAGUACCCAGGGUAAAGUAUUGAUAUACAACUGCAAUGGAACACCAGAUUUUCACUAUCUCUGCAUUUGCCUGCUGCUAUCGCUCACUUCAGGGGGAGAACGUGUGCACUGGCUGCCUAACAAUACACUUCGGAUUGGAAAAGUGAAGCGAGACGAUGCUGGGACAAUGUAUGUGUGUCAGGCCCAGAUCAGAGGAAGACCUAUUUAUCAGCAACUCCCCAUCUCAGUGGUCAUCAUUGCUCCUCCUAAAGUACAUUUGAGAGAGGAUGUGAAAAAAAAAGUGCUGGCUGGAUCACAAACCAACAUCUCAUUGCUGUGUUUGGUGGAUGGGCUACCAAAAGCCAACAUCCAAUAA